AAGGCAUAGCAUCGGUUCCAGUUCUUUGCCUUGGCUCUUUUCCCUUGGCCCCUUCUCCUCUUCUCUCGAUACCCCACCUCCCUCCCUCUCUCUCUCUCUCUCUCUCUCGCUCUCGUUAACCCAAAAUUUUGGCUCCCUCCAACUCAUGCACACUGUAAAUUAUGUUCUUUUUUUUGACAUGCAGAUAAAAUUCUUACCACACCCCUGUUGCAAAAAUGAAGAAAAAGAAAACUGUAUCUAAAUUUCUCAAGAACCCAGAACCAAAAAAAAAAAAAUGAAAGGAAAAAUUCUCUCUCUUUCCCUGUCUUCAAGUCUGUCUCUGUGUCUCUUUCCCUAAUGCAAACACCCUCUCUUUUUCUAUCCCUCCCUCUCUCUCUCUCUCUCUCAAAAGUCAAAUCCCUUAAACCUUACGUUACACCUAUAACACUUCUCCUAUAUAUAUAACCCACCAUUUUGUUUUUCCUUUUAAUUUCUCUUAACGCUACCUCUUCUUCUAUUUCUUCUUUCUUCUUCUGUCUCUCUUUUCUUUAACAAUGGUGCAACAUCACCACCGCAACCGCCACCGCCAAGACCAAGAGACAGUCGAAGAGAACAAGGAAAAAAGACCCAAGUUCUUCAUCAACGACCACGUCGACAUCCUCGUAGAGAUCCUCAAACGCCUCGACGGCCGUUCCCUGGGCGUCGCCGCCUGCGUUUGCCCCCUCUGGUGCACCAUUGCUCGUAACGACUCCCUCUGGGAAGACCUCUGCUUUCGCCAUGUGUCUCCUCCACCUUCCAGCGUGCGUUCCGUCGUCGUUGCCCUGGGUGGCUACAAACGCCUCUACAUGGCUUGCGUGAGACCAGUGCUGAGCCGACUCGGACGAGUGAGGAGGGCGUCUUGGACUCGCGACGAGGUCCAGCUCUCGUUGUCCUUGUUUUGCGUUGAUUGCUACGAAAGGCUUGGUGGAAGUAAUAGUAGUAAUGGGAGGCUCGUCGGGGAAUUGUCACCGUCGUCUCUAAUGUUCCUUUGCAAGCCCGUGAAUGUUUGAUUGAUGGUUGUCUUUUGCAAUUUAGUAUACCUUAAAAAUGAAAAAUGAUGAUAAAAAUUCUUUACAACUUUUUUUAUUAUUAUUUUUAUAUUUUUUUUGUUGUUAUAAUUAUUUGUGAAAAUGUUACUAGCUUUGUCAUUAAUGAAAACGUUCUUGUUCAUUUA